AUGAACUUGGAGACCGACGCGGAGAAGAACAUUGAAAUCUGGAAAGUGAAGAAGCUGGUCCAGCACCUGGAACAGGCCAGAGGGAACGGGACCUCGAUGAUCUCGCUGGUGAUUCCGCCAAAGGGACAGAUCCCCAUGGUGCAAAAGAUGCUGACGGACGAGUACGGGACCGCGUCGAACAUCAAGUCCCGUGUCAACAGACUCUCGGUCCUCUCUGCCAUCACCUCGACGCAACAGAAACUGAAACUGUACAGUAAAUUACCCCCAAAUGGGCUCGUGCUCUACUGUGGGGAUAUCAUCACGGAGGACGGGAAGGAGAAGAAAGUCACCUACGAUAUAGAACCGUACAAACCGAUCAACACCUCGUUGUACAUGUGUGACAACAAGUUCCACACAGAGGUCCUCUCAGAACUGCUGCAAGCGGAUGAAAAGUUCGGGUUCAUCGUCAUGGACGGGUUGGGCAGUCUGUUCGGGUUGCUGGCGGGGAACAACAGAACCGUACUACACAAAUUCACAGUGGAUCUGCCCAAGAAGCACGGGAGAGGUGGUCAGUCCGCGCUGCGUUUCGCUCGUCUAAGAGAGGAGAAGAGACACAACUACGUACGGAAAGUCGCAGAAGUGGCAGUGCAGAACUUCAUCACAAACGACAAAGUAAACGUCAAGGGGCUCGUCUUGGCCGGGUCCGCCGACUUCAAGACAGAUCUGGCCAAGUCGGAACUGUUCGACUCAAGACUAGCGGCAAAGAUCAUCAAGAUCGUCGAUAUCUCGUACGGGGGCGAGAACGGGUUCAACCAGGCCAUCGAACUAUCAGCGGAGGCACUCUCGAACGUCAAGUUCGUCCAGGAGAAGAAACUGCUGGACAGCUACUUCGACGAGAUCUCCCAGGACACGGGGAAGUUCUGCUACGGUAUCGACGACACUUUGAAAGCGUUGGAUUUGGGCUCCGUCGAAACGCUCAUCGUGUUCGAAAACUUGGCUACGAUGCGGUACGUGUACAAGGACUCAGAGGAUAAAGAAGUAUUGAAGUUUGUUAAACCAGAUGCAAAGGACGUCGAGAAGUCGUACGCAAUCGACAAGGCAACGGGGAAAGAAAUGGACCUCGUCUCAGAACAACCACUCGUGGAAUGGAUCGCGGAAAACUACAAGAACUUCGGGGCCACUUUGGAGUUCGUCACAGACAGAUCCUCGGAGGGGUCCCAGUUCGUCACUGGGUUCGGUGGGAUCGGUGCCAUCCUGCGUUACAAAGUCAACUUCGAACAACUGCAGGAGGACUCAGACGACGAGUACUACGACGAGGACGCAGAGUCAGACUACGACUUCAUCUAA